GCUGAUAGUGUUUCUUGUGAAAUGAAAGUUAAAUGAAAGAAAUUAAAGUCUUGGGUGUAGUGGGGAAAGGCAAAGCAGGUUUUGCAGUAUAUCUCCAAUUAGAAAGUGAAGUAAAUUGAUUGGGUUUUAGAAGUAAAGCAGCUAUUGCUAUUACUACAAUUUCUGUUGGAAAUUUUAUAAGUCGGGUGUUUCUACUGAGAACUGACUUCAUGGCUGAAGCUUUGUCCUGUUUUGAGGAGGAUUUCACAUGCCUCAUCUGUUGUGAUAUCUUCACCGAUCCGGUCACUCUGAAAUGUAGCCACAGUUUGUGUGAGAAAUGCCUCCAGCGUUUCUGGACGACUCAGGAUGUGCCGCAGUGUCCAGUCUGUCGGAAGGAAUGCUCUCACGACGAGCCCACCAAGAGCCUGGCGUUCAGAGCACUCUGUGAGACCUUCAAGAACAGAAAACCCACUGCUGUUUCAGGAGACGUUUGUCCAGAACAUAAAGAGGAACUCAAACUCUUCUGCUUUAAGGACCAGCAGCCCAUCUGUGUGGUCUGUUACACAUCAAAGAAGCAUGAAAAUCACAAGUGUUCUCCUGUCGACGAGGCCGCUGGGAAUUUGAAGAGAGAUCUCAAGACACAGAUGAACAGACUGCAGGAGACCCUUGAUAAACUCAAGAAAGCCCGGGAGAGCUGUGUGAAACAGGCUGAGCUCAGUAAGGAACGCACUAGUAAGGAUGAAAACCAGAUGAAGAAGGAAUUUGAGAAGCUCCAUCAGUUUCUUAGAGACGAGGAGGAGAAACACAUCAGAUCAUUGCGUAAAGAAAAGGAAUGUCAAGAUAGAAAACUCGAGGCCAGAAUGAAGGAGCUCUCCAAACAGAUAUCAGAUCUGUCUGAGAAUAUGGCGGCUGUCUGGCAGGAUAUGGAAGAAGAAAACAUCACAUUUCUCCAGAAUUACAAGGAUACAUUAAAAAGACUCAAACGGCCAUCAGUACCGAACACGACCCCUGAACAAGAAAAAUAUCAGCACCAUCAUUUUCAGACAAUGAUCUUCACCACCUGGGCCAGAAUGCAGAACCUUGUGGAAAAGUCUCCUGUGACUCUGGAUCCAGACACAGCCUCCAGUAAACUGCAGGUGUCAGAGGAUUGCACCAGUGUUGUGUACAAAAAAAAGAAAAUAAAUGUGUCUGAUAACCCCGAGAGGCUGUAUGUGGGAGUGCUGGCCUCUCAGGGCUUCAGCUCAGGUGUGCACUGCUGGGACGUAGAGGUGAGAAACAACAACAACUGGACACUGGGAGUGGUGGGGGAGACGGUGGACCGCAAAAGACUUUACAAAAUGGAUCCGAAGAGUCGUUUUUGGUGUUUUCGUUACGUGGAUUAUGAAUACAAGAAAGGAAAUAAAUCCGUCAGCCAUAUUAAUAGCAACGAGAGGCCGAAUAUCAUCCGACUGCAGCUGGACUUUGAAAAAGGAGAGCUGAGAUUCAUCGACCCUUUCAGAAACAGAAGUUUGUGCACCUACACGGGUGGAUUUCCAGAGAAGGUGUUCCCAUAUUUCUGUAGCGGAGAUGUGGACAAGCCACUUCAUGUUUUUGCGGCAAAAAAACAAAACUUAUAAACAACUUUUUUGUUACAAAUGUUGUGUUUUCUGCACGUGCCAAGAAAAUAAUCAAAUGCACUGACCUUCAUGCAGUCUGGCUUGGGGCCACUGUAUAUCAAGCGACUGUAUGUAAUUAUUAAUCAUACAGUGCAUUAUAUUGUGAUGCAUUAAUAGUUAAGCACAUUUUAUAAUGUGAUUAUCAAUAUAAAAAAGCAGUAAAGACUAGUUGUACUAAUGUGAAAUUCAAGUAAAAUACAGGGCUACCUAAACCUGGGAGAAGUGGAAGGCAUGCAUUUACAUCAAAGUAAAUUUAUCCAGGUCUAAGAAAUAUUUAUAAAGCAUAUAGUGAUUUAUCAACAUUUAAUACCAUGCAAAUAAUUUAGCUAAAUAUUAGCCUGAAUUGAUAAGCAAGCUAGUUUUUUUUUUUUUUUUAUUUUUUUUUUUUUUUUAAAUGGCAGCUGUGGGGCAAAGUGAGCCAAAUGAUGUGGUGUAAAUUGAGCCAGUGUUUUACCUUGCACCACCAUAAAGCACUUAAGUAAAGUAUUAACUUUAAAGUAUUAAUUUUUUAAUGUGAUAUUACACAACUGAUUUUGUUUAUUCUCUCUCUCUCUCUCUCUCUCUAUAUAUAUAUAUACACUUAUUAUUUGUAUUUUUAUUUUUUUAUUUUUUUAUUUUGCUUUUCACCAAAUUAUAAUCAUAUAUCUUUCCACCUGAAGUCCUUAAUGGCCAGCUCGACACUGCAGGAAAGCUACCAUGCCAAGAAUCUUUUGACUAAAAUGUUUAUUCCUUCAUUCUAGUUCGUUUUUUUUUUUUUAUUUAACUUCACUUAACAAACUCUCUGUUUAGUCUGUUUUUGGAAAGAUUACAACUUUGGUGUUCUGUAUAUUGUUUCAGAAAUGCCUGUAAUUAAAGACUGAAAUUUAAACUUCA